AUAUAUACGUACGCCGUCGAGUACGCCACCUAUCCAACCUCGCAGUUUCGAUGUUUGUGCGAUUACUGCUCUGCCCUGAUAUUAGUAUUGUAUCUGCUGCCAAUUUCAUGCAUUAGUUCUAAGAAUCGCGGCGACUACGUAAACAACAUCGACACCGGCAUGCGAGGCGUAAACAGAGCUGCGUGCACUGCAUUUGCAAUUCGACUGGCACAGUUUCACGCGAUCGCUUGUCUCGUGAAGAGCGUUUGUUUCUACCGCCACUUUUCCACAUUUGGGUGGGCCGAUUCCACAGCACUCCCCGUCUUUGUGCGUUGCUUGUGUGUAUUUAACUUUGUAUAUGUGUUAGAAAAAGAGAAAAAGCAAAGUUCACAGCACAAAAUUCAAACGAAAAACUGCAAACCUGCUUAGGUUAUUGUUUACAAUCAAAAAGUCGCAACAAAGAUGUUGCUACACGAUUCAAGGAAAGUGGGCACCUAUGACACGGAGCCUGAAAGGACACGCCUACAAAUACAACAUAUUUCACAAUGGUUGAAGGAGAACCCUAAUGUGAACGCCAAUAGCGACUUUGGGAAUUUGUUGUUCUUUUUACGAAGUUGCAAAUAUGAUUUGGAACGAACAAAGAAAAAAAUAAAACACUUCUAUCAAAUGCGAGCGGAGCGUGUAGAGUGGUUCGCCUACAGGGAUCCCUUUUUACCAGAAAUACACGAACUUUUAAAGCUGGGUGUAUUUUUACCAGUCGAUGGUGUUGAUUCAAAAAAUCGUAAGGUGGUUAUAAUACGUGCUGCUGCGCACGAUCCAAAACUGCAUUCUCAAAAUAACGUUUUUAAGGUUAGUAAAAUGGUCUUAGACUUACUACUUAAAUUCGAGCCAGAUAAUUGUGGGCAAGGAAUUGUGGGAAUUUUUGAUAUGACAGGCGUUCAGUUGGGUCAUGCUUUGCAAUUGAAUCCGAGAUUAAUAAAGCGUUCUGUUGAAAGUUGGCAAGCUUAUCCAUGUCAACCAAAGCUUUUGGAGUUUAUAAAUGCGCCUACUCACGUGAAUAUCUUUCUGAACACUUUCAGAUUAUUUAUGACACAGAAAAUGCGUUCUCGCGUUGUUGUACAAAAACGAUCAACUACAGUUGUGUGUGCUAAAUUACCGAGAGAUAUCGGAGGAAACGGACCCAGUUACAAGGAACUUGCUGCUAAAUGGAAACAACUAGUGGAGGAUAACGUCAACUUCUAUCAGGAGUAUGAAAAAUACAAAAGUAUAUUGCCAAGUUGAACCAAUUUCGUAAAUCAUCGAGAGGAGUAAUUACAAAUAUCACUCGUUCGCAUUCAUUCCUCUUAUAACAAAUAUUUUUUGUUUUGUUUAAUGUUUAGCAGUUAGCAAAAUAAUAUUGAUUAGGGUUAAGAGUACUUAAAAUGACUAAAGCUAAUGAAAUAUAAAAUGCUAGUAGAUAUACAUAUGUUUUCACCCAAAAAGUAAGAUAUGAUUAAGUUUAGAUUGUUUAAUUUAUUGUAGCUGGUGUAAUUUACAUAUCCGCAUACAUAUCUAGGUAUAUUGGUAGUAUAAUAAUAAUUUUUA